UGGUUGUUUGAUCAAUGCAGUCAUGGCAGGAGUUGCGCCUGAAGGUUCCCAGUAUGAUGCUCGCCAGUAUGACAGCAAAAUGAGUGAAUUGCUUUCUGAGGAAGGAAGUGAUUUCUUCACUUCAUAUGACGAGGUUUAUGAAAGCUUCGAUAAAAUGGGUUUGGCAGAGAAUCUUCUUAGAGGAAUCUAUGCUUAUGGUUUCGAGAAACCUUCUGCUAUUCAACAGAGGGGAAUAGUCCCAUUCUACAAGGGUCUUGAUGUUAUUCAGCAAGCCCAGUCUGGUACAGGAAAAGUUUUUCCAUCUCAGAACUCGUCUGAACUUAUAAAAGAAUAA